CCUGCUCGAAGAACAAGGCCAGGCAACAGUUUGUGUGUGUGUCUUUUGUGUGUGUGUGUGUGUGUGCCCAGAAAAAGAAGAAAUGCUCUCACUUUCACUUCAGCGCUCCAUUGAUUCUGAUUGGCCGGCGGCGCGCAGCUCUCAGGGCGACACGGCAAAGGGGUGAAAAGUAGUGACAGCAAACGAAAGAAACGAAAAAGAAAAAGAGAAUACAAAAAGACGACCCAGCAGGGAAGCUGAGGAGACCCUCUUGGAAACCCCGCCAUGGCGUUUGCGUAUCCGGUUGCGCGCAGAGAUGAGAAUAAGGUGGAUGACUACCAGGGAACCAAGAUCUGUGAUCCGUACGCAUGGCUGGAAGACACCGAUAGUGCCGAAACAAUGGCCUUCGUCGAGGAGCAGAACAAACUGACCAUGCCGUACCUGGAGCAGUGCGCGGUCCGGGCUCGGUUCCACCAGCGCCUCACCGAGCUCUACGACUAUCCCAAAUACAGCUGCCCUUACAAGAGAGGGGACAGGUAUUUCUACUUUCAUAACAAAGGCCUCCAGAACCAGGAUGUGCUGUACGUGCAGGACUCUCUGGACGGACCCGCCACCAUCUUCUUUGACGCGAAUAAGCACUCUGAGGACGGCACUGUGGCGCUGAAGAUGGGACGCCUGUCGGAGGAGUGCGAGUAUUUCGCGUACGGCCUGAGCAGCAGCGGCUCAGACUGGGUGACGGUGCGCUUCAUGAAGGCCGACGACCUCGCGCCACUGCCCGAUGUACUGGAGAGGGUCAAGUUCAGCUGUCUGUCCUGGACCCACGAUGCGAAGGGCGUCUUCUACAACUGCUUCCCGCGCCAGGAAGGCAAAACAGACGGCACCGAAACCACCAGCAACCUCAAUCAGAAGCUCUACUACCACGUCAUUGGCACCCGGCAGUCGGAAGACGUUCUGGUGGCAGAGUUCCUCGACCAUCCGAAGUGGCACAGCUCCGUGACUGUAUCAGACGACGGUAGAUAUGCUGUUUUGUCCAUCACUGAAGGCUGUGAGCCCGUCAACCAGCUGUGGUACUGUGACCUUCAGCAGCUCCCCAGCGGCAUCACAGGGCUGCUGCCGUGGGUCAAGCUCGUGGACAACUUCGACGCCCAGUACUCUUACGUUACCAAUGAGGGAACUGUGUUCACGUUCCGCUCCAACUUGGACGCACCUCGAUACUGUCUCAUCAACGUAGACAUCCAGAAACCGGACAGGCAGCACUGGACUACCCUGAUACCGGAGCACAACAAGGACGUCCUGGGCUUGGUCUCCUGUGUGAACCAGCACCACCUGCUGGUCAACUACCUCCACGACGUGAAGGACAUCCUGCAGGUGUACGAGUUGUCCACGGGCCGGCACGUCAGGGACCUGCCCCUGGACGUGGGCACCGUGGCCGGUGUGAGCUGCAAGAAGAAGCACUCCGACUUCUUCUACAAGUUCACCUCCUUCACCACGCCCGGUAUCAUUUACCACUGUGACCUGAGUCAGACCAACCCAGAGCCCAAAGUGUUCAGGGAGGUCCCGGUAAAAGGCAUCAAGCAAGCGGACUAUCAGACCACCCAGGUGUUUUAUCCCAGUAAGGAUGGAACCAAGGUCCCCAUGUUCCUAGUUCACACCAAGGGCCUGAAGAAAGAUGGAAGUCAUCCCGUGUUCCUUUACGGAUACGGAGGCUUCGAGGCGUCCAUACAGCCAUACUACAAUGUUGCCUACCUGCUGUACGUGAGGCACCUGGGAGGGAUUCUGGCCGUGGCCAACAUCAGAGGGGGAGGAGAGUACGGCCUCACCUGGCACAAAGCCGGGACUUUAGGCAACAAGCAGAACUGCUUCGAUGACUUCCAGUGCGCAGCAGAGUAUCUGAUCCGGGAGAAGUUCACCACAGCCAGCCGCAUCGCCAUCAACGGAGCCUCUAACGGAGGGCUGCUCGUGGCGGCGUGCGUGAACCAGCGUCCAGACCUGUACGGCUGUGCUGUGGCCGAGGUCGGGGUGAUGGAUAUGCUGAAGUUCCACAAGUUCACCAUUGGCCACGCCUGGACCACGGACUACGGCUGCUCGGACGACCCGGAGCAGUUCAAGUGGCUCAUCAAGUACUCUCCUCUUCAUAACCUCCCUCCGGCUCCGUACUCUGGCCCUCCUUACCCCGCCGUCCUGCUCCUGACAGCCGACCACGACGACCGCGUGGUGCCUCUGCACACUCUGAAGUAUUGUGCCGCGCUGCAGCACGGCGUGGGCCGCAGCCCCCUGCAGCGCCAGCCCCUGAUGGUCAGGCUGGACACCCAGAGUGGGCACGGCGCAGGGAAGCCCACCGCCAAGGCCAUCUUGGAGGACACGCACACCUUCUCCUUCAUUGCUGAGACCCUGGGUCUCGGCUGGAAGGAGUGAGGGGAGAACGUGAGGUGAUGGUUAAAAUGUAACCGUCUGUUUACUUUUUUAUUACUCCAGACACAUAAGUAAUUAGAGGAGUGUGAUGGGUUAGAAGUCAGGGAGAAGAGAAGAGUGAAAAUGCAGUGAAACAAUUGUAAUUAACAGACAAAUAUAAAAUAAAAGGGUUGAAGAAGGAAUGUCAAAUAAUAAAUAACCAAUCACUUCAGUAUUAUAAAAAUCUAAUGGGAUGCUAAUCAUAAUGCUCUUUUAAAACAGCACUUAACUGUAGAUUACCUUAACAAAUCAAAUGCACUCAAAUAUUAAAUUUUUUCAAUGUUUAUUGUAAGUUUGAAGUUUUGUAUUUUAUCUUUAAAAAGUUUCAAUAAAAUCUAUAUAAUUGUAGUAUUAUUUCUGCCUACAGUAUUACUAUCAUUAGUAUCCCACAUUUAAUUACUGCCUUCUGAGCUAAAUCUAACCAGAUCUAUUUGUGUUUUUUUUUUAAUAAUAUUGCUUAAAAUUUUUGUUUAAAAGUUCAGGAAUAUUAGAAAUUAAUUUUACUGCUGUCCCUUCAAACAUUUAAUAUUCUAAAGGUUAUGUCAUUAGAGUAUCAUUGCUCUUGCAUUACCAUGAUAAUUAUUUUAUUGCUGCCGCUGGUUGAGGUGGAGCAGACUACUUUGUACCAUUGCAUAUCAGUCUACAGAAAUCCCUCAUAUUAAUAGAUGAUAUUUUAUAAGAUUAUCAUAUGCUCUGCAUAUAUGGUAAUACGGAGAGUUGCCAUAUCUGUCAGAUAAAUGUGUCGGAGAAAAGAAAACGGGGAGCUGUAGUGCAUUAAAAAGAACUGAAAAAACAUGUACUGCAAAGUAUUUGAAUAAAUGUACUUUUCUUGUUUACCA